CGAGGCGCCCUGUCGCGCGGGCGCAGGUCCCCGCGGCCGAUGGCGGAAGCGCGGCGGGAACGCGACGCGUAGCACCGAGUCGGCGGGAGGCGGUCGCCCACCAUGGCGAUCCGCGGCCCCGCGUCCUCCGAGCACCUGGAGCGGCUGCACGAGAUCUUCCGCGGGCUGCACGGCGAGCUGCGGGGCGUGCCGGAGCGGCUGCGGGGCGCCGCGGCGGAGGAGAAGAAAAAACUAGUUCGGGAGUUUGAUGAGAAACAGCGUGAAGCAAACGAAACGCUCCGGGAAAUGGAAGAAGAACUGAAGUACGCUCCUCUGCCAUUCCGCAAUCAAAUGAUGAGCAAAAUCCGGGCGUACAGAAGGGACCUCUCCAUGUUCCAGAGGGAGAUGAGAAGCACAGAUUUGGGAUUGGGCCCUGGAAGUCAAGGGGAUAUGAAAUAUGGAAUCUUUUCCACGGAAAAUGAACAGAGUACUAAUCUGCAGUCACAGAGGGUGCUGCUUCUCCAGGGAACAGACAGUCUGAACCGAGCCAGUCAGAGCAUUGAGCGCUCACACCGGAUUGCUGCAGAAACAGAUCAGAUUGGCACUGAUAUCAUUGAAGAACUUGGGGAGCAGCGAGAGCAACUGGAACGCACCAAGAGCAGAUUGGUGAAUACAAGUGAAAACUUGAGCAAGAGCCGUAAGAUUCUGCGUUCCAUGUCCAGGAGAGUAGCCACUAAUAAGUUGUUGCUGUCGAUCAUCAUCAUCCUGGAACUAGCCAUCCUAGGAGGUGUGGUCUACUACAAGUUCUUUCGCAGCAGAUGAACCUUUGUGACUUUGUUUUCCACUGCUGAGGAAUAGGAUGGGAUGUCUUCCCUUUGGCUGUCUAAAACUGAACUAUCUCAUGAGACAGCAUGCACUACUGAAACUGUACUGACACGAGAAAGACAGUGAAAGGAAGUAAAAGGAAAAUACAGAGACAGACUUGCAAACUACCGGUGAGAUUACAGAGAAGGUAAUAAAUAUUUUAUUGUCUCAAUUUGUAUAUAUUUAACUAAAUGAAUAAAUCUUCAUAUGUAAUACA